AUGCGCUCAGUGGACAAAAGGCUCCAGAAGAUCGGCUGCAGUUGGAGCCUGUGACCUACAGUCUGAUGGUGUGUUUGUUGAGCCAAUUGAGCGAUCUAGCACUUCGCUAUCACCGAGGGUUCUGAGAGGUGAGCCUUGAGGCCUCAAAAGUUGGAGAUGGGGCAUUAGUCCAUGAUUUCUUGCCAAUCUUGCCAUUAAAGCAUUAAGGAAGAUUGAAAAUAUUGAGAAGCUGGAUGAUAGGCUAACGGAGGCACCUAAGGCUUGACAAAAGGACUUCCAUACGAGACAAAUUGGGGACCCCGAUAGGAGAUGAUAUCUGCAGGAAUUCUGUGGAGGCGGAAGACAUGGCGGAUGAGAAGGUCUGCAGACUCCUGAGCAGGAGGGAAUUUAAGGAGCUAAAGCACACCGUCAUGGAGAGUCGGUCUAUCAUGUUGGCAAUGCCUAAAAAUGUGGAGAUCAAGGCUGCAGUGCAUGACUGGAAUCGGCUUGUAGAAAAUGCUAAAAGACUAAGCAAAUCAGAAGGCAUUUUAAUAAUGCAGGAAGACACGUUUUUCAACGUUUCUAAAGGACGCCUUAAAUUGCGAAAUCUGAAGAAUGAAGAUGGAGGCCAGCUCAUAUUCUAUAACCGAGCUGAUAUGGAUGGACCCAAGCUCUCAGACUAUUCUAUAUACCCCACUGGGAAUCCUGAUGCACUUACGAAAUUGCUAUCUGAUGCUCUAGGAAUAAAGGGUUUCGUGAAGAAGGAACGUUGGUUAUAUAUGGUUGGGCAAACGAGAGUUCAUGCUGAUUUGGUAGAAGGGUUGGGGCGAUUUGUGGAAUUAGAGGUUGUUCUCAGAGAAGACCAAAGCCUAGAAGAAGGAGAAGCCAUAGCCCAAAAAUUGAUGGGCGAGCUGGGGAUAAAGAAAGAAGAUCUUGUGACUGGAGCUUACAUGGACUUGCUAUUAGCUGACCAAUAAUAUUCUCUGGGAGGCUGGGGUAAUGAGGCAAUUUAUACAGAUAUUAGUUCAGAACCCUAUGAUUGUAGAGAAUAGGAGACCAAAUUCAAGAACCAAUAACAAGUCAGUUGGCAGGGGCUGGUGUAGUAUUCA